AUGGUGUCCUUUUGGCCCUGGAAGGGCGAUGCUUCCUCCCCGGCCUCGUUUGAAAAGACGCUCUCCGCGCUGUCCGCCAAAAUCACCGACACGCAGGCCCGCCUCGACCAGCGACGCACCAGUGCCCGCCGCGCAAAGGUCCUCUGGACGCUGUACCUCUCCUUUGCCUAUCUCGUCUACGCCAUCGUCCUGCUCCUCGUCGUGGGCUACAGGAACCUCGGCAUCUAUGAGUGGACGGGCAUGGCCGGAGGACCGGUGGUCAUCUACGGUGCCCGAGCCUUAAACACCACCUUUUACAGCUACCGCAUCGGAAGCCUCGAGGCGCGCCUCAAGGAGCAGCAGGCGGAGCGCGCGAAAACCAUACAGAAGCUCAAGGACAUGACCAAGUACGACUCCACCCUGGAGCUCAUUGAAAAGUACGGCGGCCCAGAGGGCACCCCGCAGAGUGGCAGGAAGAAAAAUGGCGACGCCGAGGACGCAGGCAGGGGGAACAAGUCGGCCCAGAGCACCCCCGGAAGGGGGACCCCGAGCCGCACCACGAUGCCGCCUCCCCCGACGGCCAACAUCCAGCGCCGCUCGCCUGCCCCCGCCGCGCCCGGCACUCCUGUUCCGUCACAAGGAGGCAGUCCUCCACCUCCUCCCUCGGCGAGCUCUCUCGACCCGAGCGCCGAAUUCGCGCCCAACGCCUUUGCCCACGCCGCCCCGCCCCCCCUUUCGUACGCGGCGCAGCAUCACCACGCCCGGUCCGAGUCCCACUGGUACGACCGGCUCUUCGACGUGCUCCUCGGCGAGGACGAGACGGCGGCCAAGAACCGCAUCGCCCUCGUCUGCCACUCGUGCCGCCUCGUCAACGGCCUCGCCCCCCCCGGCACAAAGACCCUCGCCGGCCUGGGCGUCUGGAAGUGCAUGGCCUGCGGCGCCGCUAACGGCGAGGUCGACGAGGGCCGUAAGAUUGUGCGCGAGGUCCUGAGUGGCCGGCAGGUCGACGGCGAUGAGCACGAGAGCGUCAAGCGCGAGCGAACCAAAGGACUUGGCGCUGACAAUGAUGACGACGGCGGCGAUGAUGAUGGCGGCGAUGAUGACGACGGUGAUGACGCGGGGAUGCGCUCACGGCGCGGAAAGAACAAAAAGUAG